AUGCCCGCCCUGCAAGUCUCGUACACCAUCGCCAAGCCUGCCUCGUCCCCGAACGCUCCUCCAGCGACCGCAACGUUCGAACACCCGGUCGACUCGUCUACUCCUCUCUCGCACCUCCAGUCUCUCGAGAAUGCGCUCGGGGAGGCGCGCAAACAGAUGAACGAGCGGUUGACAGAGUGGAAGGAGCAGUUGAAGGAUGUGGAAAAGCCUGCGAAGAAGGGGAAGAAGAAGGACGCCGAGGAGGACGAGGACGAGCAGGAGGAGGAGGACGAGGCAUGA